AUUAUUCGAUCCGUGGAGCCUGAGGCUAUCGGUGAUGGACUUCCAGGCUGUCCAUUACGUUGCAAACGACGGAUGAUCAGUGUGCACUCAAGUUUACAAUCCAAGCUGGUACAAAAUCUCUAUCCGAAGACCUUAAUCUCCUACUUUGAAAUGUUACACUUGAAACAACUAGACGGACCGAAGGAUUCUUUCAUCAGUCAAAAUGGUCCUCCAAUUCAUCCAAAAGAUCUCAUAUUUCUUGACAUACAUCCGGUCAGUGAGAUGGUCAAUCAGAUCAUUGAAAAUCCCGGCUACGUUAUGACACGUUUUAUAAGCGAUCUCGGUGGUAUUUCUGGUCUCUAUGUCGGCAUCACGAUGUACACCGUGGCCGAACUUGUGGAUCUGGUGACCCAAUUUCUUUGUGUCUACUUGCCGUAUGUCUGGAGUGCGACCAAGCUCGGAGUCAAAAAGCAGCAUCUGGCAGCCCGGUUCGCUCAAAGUCUCGCGAACGAUAAUGAUGACGUGCAGUCAAGCGAACCGCGUUCGGAUGCGAAUUCCUCUGACAUCAAAUAG